AUGCCGGCAAUCGCAUUCGCGAUUCAACAAGACUACCAGCAGCGCCUGGCAGACGCGGAAAGACGCCGGACAGAGGGAACCGAGAAUGCCGAGGCGGAGAAAGAGAACGAGGUCGACGACGAUAGUGAAGACCCUGUCGAAAAGAAGAAGCGCAAGAGAAAAGAGGAGAAGGCCCUGCUGAAGAUCAAGCAGAGCAAGGAGUUCAAGCGUCGGAAAGCGGUGCAAGAACUAGAAGAAGGCUCUGACCUCGAGCUGGACGACGAUGCCCUCGCCCGAAAUAUGAUGGCCAAAGCAGCACCACUUCCUGGCCAGCUCGAUAACUGUGAGAUUUGUGAGAAGAGAUUCACGGUCACACCAUACAGCAGGACUGGUCCCGGGGGCGGUCUCCUCUGCGGCAAGUGUUCGAAGGAGCUCAAAGAUGACGAAAAGAGAGAGGCUGCGGCGAAAAAGAAACGAGUGUCUGCCCCCAAAGCCCGCAAGCGACAGACUGAGAGCGACAGACUUAUGGGCGACGUCAAGUCUGGUUGUAAAAGUCUGGUCGACAUGUGCGUGCGGAAAGUCGCCAACGUCGUCAAUGACAUCGAAGAGUUUGGCGACAUGCCACAAGACAUUCUCGACCGCCUCAGCCAGAUCUUGUCCAAACAGAGAGUCCUAACACCUCGGGUCCUGGAUCUCUUUCUACGUCCAGAUGUUGAUCGAAUCAUCGUGUACGACUGUGGCAAGCUAGAAACAGAGGAUUUCCAGAGGAUUUUCGGUACCAUGCCUCAUGUCGAAAUCGUCAAUUUGCGCUUCGCCGGUCAGAUGAAGGAUGGACCGCUUCUGUAUAUGGUUGACAAGUGCAAGAAAAUCCGCCAUCUCCAGCUUGGUGCAACCAAUCUUGUCAGCGACAAUGCAUGGGUUGAACUGUUCGACAAGCUCGGUCCUCAACUGGAAAGCCUGAAAUUGUCCGAACUUAAUGAUUCCAUGAGGGACGAAACGGUCGAAGUGCUCGCAAAGCAGUGUCACAAUCUCAAGCGCCUCAAAUUGCGCUCAUGUUCCCACAUGACGGAAGCAUCAAUCAAUUCUCUCUGCUCUCUAAAAAGUCUUGAGCACCUUACCUUGGCUGUCGCACCAGAGUCUUCGUCGUCGACGCUAGUCGAGCUGGUCACCAGUUUGGGUCCCAACUUGCGGACACUUUGUCUGGAAAACUUCCAAGAUCUCGACGACACGGUUCUGGAGGCGAUCAAACAAUACUGCUCUAAACUAUCCAAGCUACGCAUCACAGGAAACUGUCUUUGCCACGACAAUGCCUUCGCUUCCUUGUUCGACAACGACUCCCCGUUCCCGCCACUCAGAUAUGCUGAUGUAAGCGAGAACAGAGAAAUCGACAGCAUGAAGCCCGAUGGUAGCGAAGCGGACUCAAUUGGAUUCGGCAGUCUCGCCCUUCCAGCACUUCUCAACCACUCUGGCGCCCGCCUGGAACAUCUCAACCUGAAAUCAGACAGACAUAUCUCCCACACCACGCUCCUGGAGUAUUUCGACGGAGUCAAGCAAUAUCCUGCGCUCAAAGAUAUCGACUUGUCGUUUGUCAGUGCCGUAGACGACGUGGUUGUGGCUGGUAUCUUCAAAAGUUGUCCCGAGCUGACUAAGUUGGCGGUGUUUGCUUGCUUUAACGCAAGAGGCGCACGGAUCCCCCAGGGCAUUGCCGUUGUUGGGUUGCCCAACGCGGGUGACAAUAUUCUGCAGGGCGACUACGAUGGAAUAUAG